CCAUCGGCACAGGUAUUCCGUUCUCAUCCUUCGUCCUCGUUGGAUCGCAUUGCGUUCGAAAGUAAAACGCUUUUUUCACGUAUUCUUUUCGAGUUCUCGCAGACUAAAGUGUGUUGAGAAAAAAAAGCCAAACCGUAACAAAUCCGCGUGUGUUUGUUCGUGAUUUGUGUGCAAUUCAAGCCAAAUCUCAAUUUACAAAAAAAAAAAAAAUAACAGUGUUCAGGUGUUGUAGCUGGUUGAUCGAAGCAACCGCAGAUUACAGACGUGCAGUUCUAGAUAAACGUCAAAAGUGUGUGCGUUAUUGUGUCGUUUUUUUUUUGUGGCUAGUUGGAAACCUUGGAGCAGUAAACACUCUUUGAUUGAAAGCUGAUACUAGCGUGAAUAGUGUGAUUCUACUUUGGGGGGGAAACCCGUGUACGGCCUCAACAUUUUCCUCAUCAACUACAGCAACAGCAGCAGCAGCAGAAUGCCGGGACGUCCCUUGUGGCAGGUCGCCGGAAAGCGCGACAAGGACCAGGAACGCGAAGCGCAACACUGGAUCGAAACGCUGCUGGGCGAAAAGUUCCCAGCCGGUUUCCCCUACGAGGACUGCCUGCGGGACGGUAUCAUGCUCUGUCGGCUGAUGAACCGAUUGUCGCCGGGAAUCGUGCCGAAGAUCAACAUCAGCGGAGGGGACUACAAAAUGAUGGACAAUAUCAGUCAAUUUCAGAAGGCCUGCAUCAAAUACGGCGUCGCGGAUGUGGACCUGUUCCAGACGACCGACUUGUGGGACAAGAAGAACAUUGCCCUGGUUACGACCACCAUCUUUGCUGUGGGCCGAGCGUGUUAUCGUCACCCGGAGUUCCGCGGUCCUUAUCUCGGACCACGUCCGUCGGAGGAAAACCGCCGUGAGUUUACCGAGGAGCAGCUGCGGGCCGGUGAGGGUCUGAUCGGUCUGCAGGCCGGAUCAAAUAAGGGGGCGACCCAAGCCGGGCUGAACUUUGGAGCCACGCGGAAGAUUUUACUGGGCAAGUGAGCCUAGCCCCCACUCGUGCGCGAUUUCCUUAAAUUAUUUAUUUAUUAAACACGCUUAUCUUUAUUUUUGUAUUUACGUUUCAUGAUUAAUUUUACUCUCUGUUCGCUAUAAAGUAAGCUUCCGCGCAGCGGAAAGUAUUAUUUUAGAAUCGAUGAAAACUUAUUGCUAACCACUUUGAUUUAGGUUUAACCAUUUGGAUCGAAAUAAAGUACAUCUUACUUACUUCACCGCAA